AUGUUUCUUCAGAUCCUGGGGCCGCUUGAAGGCCUUGCCGCAGAAGUCACAUUUGUGCGGCUUCAGGGGCACAUGGACGCGGAUGUGGGAGGUGAUGUGGUCGCGCUUGACGGUGGUGGUGCGGCAGUUGGACCAUCCACAGGUCAGGUUGAGGUUGUUGGUGCUCUUGCGUCCGACGUGGCGCUCGCACACAUGUUCCUACGCCCACAUGCUGGAGACUCGUCUGGACAGGGACGCUCUGCACUGUCUGCGAGGCCGGCUGCUGCUGCUGCUGUCCUUGCUGCUGCUGCUGGCCCUGCUGCUGAGGUUGCUGCUGUUGCUGAGGUGGUUGCUGCUGGAGAGAUGACGCGGACUGCAUCUGGCUCCGGGGCUGCUGUGCCUGCGCCUGCGUCUGCUCUGGCUGCGAGCCCGCGGCCGCCUGCUGCUGCUGUGACUGCUGCUGCUGCGACGGCUGAUGCUGCUGCUGCUGGUGCUGGGCGAGGGCGGAAUGGUCUUGGUCCUGGGUGGAAGACAUGGCCGCCAAGCAAAAGUCUUGUCGACGCUGGGCGAGCGAGGCACCAAGAGCGGAAAAAGAAGAAGAAGAAGAAGAAGAAGAAGAAGAACGCCGGUGCAGCUGAGCAGCGAUGA